ACUGACGUCAGAAACUGAUCUCAUAUGAUUGGUCAAUAAACGUUUCUCUCUCCUAAUAAUUCUAGAAACUUCCGCAGUAAGGUCGAUUUUAGAAAUUUCUUCUACUAUUUUAGAAAAUAUUGAGAAUUAUUUGUUCCUUUAAAAGCUGCAUUAUACCGGAAACUUUUUGUGAGAUAUUUUCAUUUAAUUUUUGCUAAAGUUUGUCUGUGAUAUUUAAUUGAAGAAAGAAUUAUGGUGAAAGAAACUACCUUUUACGACAUUCUGGGAGUGAAACCCAAUUGCACGGGGGAUGAACUGAAGAAAGCUUACAGGAAAUUGGCUCUGAAAUAUCAUCCAGAUAAGAAUGCCAAUGAAGGCGACCGUUUCAAGCAGAUCUCGCAGGCGUACGAGGUGCUCUCGAACCCUGACAAGCGGGCCAUCUACGACAAGGGGGGCGAGCAGGCACUGAAGGAGGGGGCGGGAGGACAGGGCGGCUUCUCGUCGAACCCGAUGGACAUCUUCGACAUGUUCUUUUCGCCGUACGGAGGGCGCGGUGGGGGCAGGCAGCGGGAGAGGCGGGGCAAGGAUGUGCUGCAUCACAUGACUGUCACACUGGAGGACCUCUACAAGGGUGCCGUGCGCAAGCUUGCACUUGAGAAAAGGGUCAUCUGCGAAAAGUGUGAAGGUCGUGGUGGUAAGAAGGGCGCCAUCGAGCCUUGCCCCACGUGCAAAGGCAAGGGCGUUCAGAUCCAGGUGCACCAACUGGCCCCAGGCAUGGUGCAGCAGACACAGUGCAUAUGUCGUGACUGCGAGGGCCAGAAGGAACGAAUCAACCCCAAGGACAGAUGCAAAACCUGUAACGGAAUGAAAGUUGUUAGGGAGCGUAAAAUCCUAGAGGUGCACGUGGACCAGGGCAUGGUGGACGGACAGAAGAUCAUGUUCAACGGAGAGGGCGACCAGGAGCCAGGGCUGAAGCCGGGCGACAUCAUCAUAGUACUCGAUGAGGUGGAGCACUCUCGCUUCAAGCGCUCUGGCAACGACCUCAUCCUCAGAGAGAAGAUCGAACUCGUCGAAGCGCUCUGCGGCUUCCAAAAGGUGAUCCGAACCCUGGAUGACAGAGAUCUGCUGAUUAGCUCGCUACCGGGGACGGUGAUGAAGCACGGUGAGGUGAAGACGGUGAUGGGUGAGGGUAUGCCCCAGUACAAGAACCCCUUCGAGAAGGGUCGUCUCAUCAUUCAGUUCCUCGUCGAGUUCCCCACCUCCCUGCCGCCCAAUGUCAUUCCCGCCCUCGAGGAGUGUCUACCCAAGAGACCGGAACAGAUGAUCCCGGACAACGCGGAGGAGUGCAUUCUGGAGGACAUGGACCCUGAGGCGGAGUCUCACCGCCGCGACUCGCGGAAUGCCUACGAUGAAGACGAGAUGGGCGGACAACAAGGCAGUCGGGUCCAAUGCGCCACCCACUAACCUAACCCCCCCCCCCAAACACAUACUCUAGAAUUAUCACCAUUGUUACUACGAUGGAGCACUAAUUUUAACAGGACUACUACAUUCGCCCAAGCCAGUAUUAGUACGCAAGCCAAUACUGUACGAGUAUGCUCUCAAUAAAUUGUUCCACCACACUUCUUUCUUUCUAUCGGUCUCUCUCUCUGUUUACCUACCCCCCCCCCAAUCAAUACUUCUCCCCAGCCUAUUUCUGUUAUACAUUCUAGUGAUGAUGAGGAUAUGAACACGUUUUUUUUAUUAGUAAUUAGUGGCGGAUAGUUUUUCAAAUUGAUUGGAGAGUGUCUCAUUUAAAACGCUUCCUUGGUGUGAUAAUUUUAAGUGAAUUAUCUGAAUUUAGUAGGAAUUUGUAAUUUGAAUUGGUACCAUCGUGUUGAAUGAAAUUGAAAAAAAAAAUUUUACUGUGGAACACUAGAAAAUCAUUGAGUUUUGAAAAUAAUAUACGAGUCCUUUGUAAUGAUGAUGAUGAUAAAACCUUUAUUAUGAGAAAGAAAGUGUUGCGUUUUAAUGAGACAUUCUUUAUAAUAAAUAAAUUGCGAUAUUUCAUUUGUAAAUAUUGCAAUUAUCGAGUUAUUUAUUGAUAAAUAAAUCAUGUAUAGACAUUUUAAUUGAGUUUCUGGCUUUGUUCUUGAAAGUUAUGGAAAUUUAUUGUACAGGACGAUUUUAAUUUUUCGUUUGUCUCAUAUGCUAGAAACAUUGUUCUUUUGACAAGUGCUUGUGUAUGAAAAUUUAUUGAGCUCUUACCGUGUAUUGCUUCAAAAUUUGAGCACUUACUAUUGGUCAUUCCUUUUGGCGCUACCGAAUUAUAAAAUGUUUCAGUGUAUUCUAGGAAAAAUGUGUUAACAUCUAUUAUAAUUGUACGGAAUCUAGUAAUCACAGUAGUUUAAGUUAGGUUUAUCUUGGUUACACCAAAUUCUGAUAUUGAUGUUCAAUUUUCUAAUUUUGUUUUUAUAUUUUUAAUUUACUAGCUAUUUUCUCUGCUCCUAUUCGUUUACUCGAGUUACGUAAUUAUAUUAGAAUCAACUUUCAUAUCAACUAAAAUCAUUGGUAUGUCCAAUAUUGAAUUGGUAUUAAUAUUGUAAUCUUCGAUUGAUUUAAAUUCUAACAGAUGAACUCUCAUUUUCCAUGUACUGCAACAUGUUUGGGAAAAAUAAACAUGUUUUUAUUUCUUGGAAACUAUUUCAAUUAAUUAUCUCUUGUGAUUUAGAUUUUACGAAACCUUUGCCUUGAAUAAGUUUUCUAUUACUACGUUGCAAUUUAUUCACUAUGUAAAUUUAGUUGAUUAUAAGGGUAUGCAUGUUCCAGGGUCAAGACGUGCACUCAUAAAUAGUUACAUCACAAAUUGAUUAAAUGUUUAUCAUUUUAUUCGAAAUUGCUAAAUAUCUAAUUUGUUGGUGUUUAAAUAGAAACAAAUUUUCUUGUUCCUGGAAUGUGUGAUAAAUUGCAUGUAGAUUGUCUGGGCAGCUUUUAAUGAACUUUAGCAGCCAUAAUGGGAAAUUGAUUAAUGUAAUGAUUAUGGAUUUUGUGGUAUAUGGUUGAUUUUUAAAUUUGUAGUUGGUGUCGAGAUACAACAAUAUUUCACUAUAAAUUUUCCUGUUCUGAAUGAAUUUGAUGAGUUCAAUAAUGAUGAGAUUAUGUAAGUCAAUAAAUUUAUUCGACAUGA